GACAUGUGCCAUAUCGGAUUGAUAAAAGCCCAUUGCCAAACUUGCGUUCUGCCUGCAUCUCUUACCUAAACUCUCCCCUGCUCACUGCCCUCGACACUGACGAUGAUCUCCGAAGCACUCCGUACCGUCCACAACGUCGCCGCCUCCAUCGGCGCGAAUGCAGUCAAACAAAUUGAAGUCGGCUCGACGCUGCCUUCGGUGCCGGUGAAGGAGGAUGCGGCUGACAAGCCUGCUCCGCUUUCCUUCCCGACUGGCAAACACCUCAUCGUCGGCGUCCCCGGCGCCUUCACCGGCACCUGCAACGGCCAGAUUCCCGGCUACAUCUCCCGAUUCGAUGCGUUCAAAGCGAAAGGAAUCGAGCAGAUCUCCGUGGUGGCUGUCAACGAUGUCUUCGUCCUCAAAGCGUGGAAGCAAAGUCUGGCCCCGGAAGGAACGCCGGUACGCUUCAUUGCCGACGACCAAGGCGCGUUCUCGGCUGCCCUAGGGCUCCUGUUCGAUGCUUCGCCGGUGCUCGGUGGUGCACGGUCCAAGCGCUAUGUCAUUGUUGCGAAUGGGGACAAAGUCGAGACUGUGGCCGUCGAGGAGGUGGCUGGACAACUGACCGUGACGGAGGCGAGCAAAAUACUGGCCCUGCUGUGAACCCUCGGAAAGGAUCUUACAUGCAGUACAACAAUGAAAUGAAUGUGAACCGGUAGUCGCAAGCUAACAGGACGUUGGAUAAAAUGGCGCGCAGAGCUAUCCCUUUGUAAUACUACUCUGAGCAGGUCACUGUCAUUCCAAGAUCUAGAGUAAGACGAGUACAGUAGUUACAUGAAUCAGGUAAACUAAAAU